AUGACGCUUCAUGAACUAAAAGAUUUCAAAGCAGCUCUCCAAUCGUUCCAGCACGCGCUUGACAUACGUAUCCAACUGUUUGGAGAAGAACACCAAAGUACUGCCGACUGUUACUACUCACUGGGGAUAACACAGCAUGAACUAGGUGAUUUCAAAGCGGCUCUGCAGUCAAAACAGCGUGCGUUGGAAAUAAGUAUUAAACUGUUUGGAGAGGAACACAAAAGUACUGCUGACUGUUACCAUUCACUGGGGAUAACACAGCAUGAACUAGGUGAUUUCAAAGCAGCUCUGCAGUCAAAACAUCGUGCGUUGGAAAUACGUAUUAAACUGUUUGGAGAGGAAAACAAACGUACUGCUGACUGUUACUACUCACUUGGGGUAACUCAGCAUAAGAUGGGUGAUUUCAAUGCCGCGGUUCAAUCUUCACGGCGUGCUCUUAAUAUACGUAUUAAACUGUUUGGAGAAGAACACCAAAGUACUGCUGACUGUUAUCGCUCACUGGGAAAAGCACAGCACGGACUAGGUGAUUACAAGGCAGCUGCUCAGUCAACAGAGCGUUGGCAGGACAUACGUAAUAAACUGCGCGGAGAAGAAAACCAAAGUACUGCCUCCUGA